CUCUCACACAGGGAGCCCCUCCUCCCACACACAGACAGCCCCACCCCCAACAAUCCACAGCGGAGAAGCAGGAUUAAUCCAUCUGGCUGGGAACUCAAACACAGAACCCUCAUCCUGCCAAACACUUAUUUACUAGAGAUACGGCAAAUCUGCGCUCUCAUCUCCUCCUCCAGGCUCCACACAGCAAUAUUUGGCUGAAAAUCAACCAGAUAUAUCAGACAUGUUUAAAAAUCCAGUUCCUAGAGAGGUCAAUGGCCUGUGAUGGUGCCCAUUAUAAUCUGAUUGUUGCCUCGAGGGCUAAAUGAGGAGCCAGAUGAUUGGAUCUGCCUGAUAUGGCCCAGGAUUGGACAAAGCACAUAUUUGGAAUGAUGCCUCGAUGGAGAUGGCUGUGUUUGGCAGCUUUGCUUAUGGCAAUAACAGCAGCUGAAGCCCAUAGUGAACAAGAUGAGGAUUCGGAGGAUGUUUUGGAUGAUACAGAAGACUUCAGGGAAGAACCCAAAACAUUUUUGCAGGUUGAAUACAAGACUCCAGUUCCUACAGGUGACGUCUAUUUUGCAGAAACCUUUGAUGACGGCACACUUAAUGGUUGGGUGCUUUCUAAAACAGUGAAGGAAGAAUUUGAUGGAGAAAUAGCUAAAUAUGAUGGCAAGUGGGAAGUGGAAGAGUUGAAAGAAAACAAAGUUCCAGGUGACAUGGGACUUGUACUGAAGUCUACAGCAAGACAUCAUGCUAUUUCCUCUAAGCUGAAGAAACCUUUUACUUUUGACAAGCCUCUGAUUGUACAGUAUGAGAUCAAUUUCCAAGAUGGCAUUGAUUGCGGUGGUGCAUAUAUCAAACUUCUGUCUGAGUCAAACCAUUUGAAUCUGGAUGAGUUCCAUGACAGAACACCCUAUACUAUCAUGUUUGGGCCAGACAAAUGUGGAGAAGACUAUAAAGUGCAUUUUAUUUUCAGGCAUAAAAAUCCUGUGAUUGGAGACUAUGAUGAGAAACAUGCAAAACGUCCUGAGGCUGAUCUAAAGAAAUACUUCACUGACAAAAAGACUCAUCUGUACACUCUGAUCGUAAAACCAGAUAACACCUAUGAAAUUUUAAUUGACCAAACGGUUGUGGGCCAAGGAAGUCUAACAGAAGAUGUUAUCCCUCCACUGAAUCCGCCAAAAGAAAUAGAUGAUCCCAAAGACAAAAAGCCAAAAGAGUGGGAUGAAAGAGCCAAAAUACCAGAUCCCAAUGCAGUCAAACCAGAUGACUGGGAUGAAGGAGGGCCUGAAGAAAUAGAAGAUGUAAAUGCUGUUAAACCCGAAGGAUGGCUGGACAAUGAGCCUCACUUUAUUUUGGAUAUGAAUGCAAAGAAGCCAAGUGACUGGAAUGCUGGAAUGGAUGGGGAGUGGGAACCCCUCUACCUUCCCAAUCCCAAAUGUGAAACGGCUCCUGGGUGUGGUGUUUGGAAGCAUCCCAUAAUAAAAAAUCCAGAUUAUAAAGGCAAAUGGAAGCCUCCUUUGAUUGAAAACCCCAAUUACCAGGGUAUCUGGAAGCCUCAUAAAAUCAAAAAUCCACAUUACUUUGAGGACCUUAAUCCAUUCAAAAUGACACCGUUCAGUGCUGUUGGCUUGGAGCUGUGGUCAAUGACAUCUGACAUUUAUUUUGACAACUUUAUCAUCUGCUCAGACAAAGAAGUGGCUGACCGCUGGGCCUCUGACAGCUGGGGCCUGAAGAAGCUGGUAGCUAGUGCUAAUGAGCCAAGUAUGUUGAGCCAGCUCCUGAGUGCUGCUGAGGAGAGGCCUUGGCUGUGGGUUCUGUACAUUCUAACAGCUGCUCUGCCUGUGGGACUUCUGGUGUUGUUCUGUUGGCCCAGAAAGAAAACAGAAGAAAAGGAAGAAGACUUUGAUUUUAAACUGAGUGAUUCAUGUGAUGAAAACUAUUUGGAGCUACAGUCAAAUGCAAAGGAAGAGGUUGAGGACGGCAAUGAGGCUGGGAAUGAGGAAUAUGAAAAUAGCGAAGAUGAAGGUAAUGAAGAGGACGCGAGUGUAGAAGAAGAGGAGGUUACUGCAGCAAACCAGUCUUUGACAGAUGAUGAGAUAAAAGAAUCAGAUGAAAGCACAGGGUCAGGCGAAGAAGUGAAGAAGUCUCUCCGCAAAAGACGAGUACGAAAAGAUUAACAUCUCCACAUCCCUCUCAUUUUUUAAUAUAGCGAUAUCCCCCUGAUGUUCUCCAAAGGCUUCAAGUCAAAUCUCUUUUUAUACCUGGUAUCUUAUGCACCCCAUUUAGACCUGAUAUCUUGCACCCCAUUUAGACCUGAUAUCUUUCACCCCAUUUAGACCUGAUAUCUUGCACCCCAUUUAGACCUGAUAUCUUGCACCCCAUUUAGACCUGAUAUCUUGCACCCCAUUUAGACCUGAUAUCUUGCACCCCAUUUAGACCUGAUAUCUUGCACCCCAUUUAGACCUGAUAUCUUGCACCCCAUUUAGACCUGAUAUCUUGCAUCCCAUUUAUACCUGAUAUCUUGCACCCCAUUUAGACCUGAUAUCUUGCACCCCAUUUAGACCUGAUAUCUUGCACCCCAUUUAACCAGCUUCUUCCAUCAUGUCUAACCAGAGAAAGAACAAAUAUGGAAUUGAUACAGAUGUCUAUCUCUACAGAGCCAACUGCAUAUAAUAUACAUUGGAAACACAUGUAAGGUUGUUUCUAGUGAAAAAAACCCCACAAAUCAUUAGACUUUAUGUCAGUUUUAUAUAGAUAUCCACUUAUUACAAUUAUUCGUUUUCCUGCAACUUGAUCAAAUAAUCUGAACUGUGGAGGCCAGCUAUUUAUAUUUAUAUAUAUAUAUAUAUAUAUAUAUAUAUAUAUAUAUAUAUAUAUAUAUAUAUAUAUAUAUAUAUAUAUAUAUAUAUAUAUAUUAUGGAAAGGCCGUCUCCCAUAGACAAAUUUUUAAAAAUGAUUUCCUUUUUCUCUGUAAUAAUAAAACAGUAACUUGUACUUGAUCCAAACUAAGAUAUAAUUAAUCCUUAUUGUAAGCAAAACCAUUAUUUUCUUUAGACUUUAUAAAUCCAAAUUUAAUCCAAAUUAUGGAAUAAUCCAUUAUCCAGAAAGGUCCAGAUCCCGAACAUUCUGGAUAACAGGUUUCAUACCUGUAUAUACUGUAUAUAUGUAUAUAUUUCUGCCUAUUUGGAGACCUUUACUUUGGUUCCACAACUGCUCCAGACUUCUGAUAUGUACCACCCUACUUUUUAUUUUACAUGAAGGACGGCAGUCAUUGCUUCAUGUUUCUCUGCAGGAGGUGCAGUGUAUGUAAAGGUUGGACAGGUUCUAUAGUCAGGAGCUGCCUCGGGUGUACAUAGGGCACUCUCACAUUUAAACACAUCUAUUAAUAACUGUUUGCACUCUGACUUUAUUUAAGGGAACCUUGCAUACAAGUAUCUCACUUGAGGUUGGCAGGGGAAUUAGUACUUCUCUUGGCUGCCAGUUAAAGUACACCUAGGCUAUUGUUGGUAUGUGUGGGGGUUAAUGCAGCACUCAAAAAUAUACAUGGUCAGCUCCCUACCUUGUAAUUGUUUUGCACAGUCCAUUUCCUAUAUUUUCCUAUGUUUUAUUUCUGUUCUACAUGAGGAAUCCUGAAUAUGCAACUUGUCACUCUAUGGGGCAAUUUAUUAAAGGGUGAACAGGCACAGCCCACCAGAGAACGCCACUGUUCAAUUCUCUUGUAUAUAUCGGAUAUUUUGAGUUCUCCUCUGUCACAGUCUGUUCAGCUUUGACUGAUACACCCCUUUUUAUUACUGAACUAGAACGUUCAUCAGCUAAGCCUUUUCUCUUUGGGACUAGUGGCCAAGGCAGUGGCUUAACAGCUGGAGAGCCACAGGUUGUAGUGCCUUAUAAUAAGGAUUUUACAUACACCUUGUGUAGAAGUGUAUUUCUGAGCAGUAAAACAAACCCACUUUGUCUACUCACAGAGGUGGCCAUGAUGGGCCCAAUAAAUUAAUCCACACAGGAGGGGUCUUUCAUAGUGAUGGACGAAUUUGGGCCGGGAAACAGUGCCGGCGUCUGUUUUUUGACACCAGCAUCCAUUUUUUGACACCAGCGCACAUUCGGUGAUGAAAAUGCGCUGGCGUCCAAAAAAAACAGAUGCCAGCGUCCAUUUUUUUGGACGCUCGUGAAUUUUCGCGAAUCGCUGGAAUUCGCCGCAAAUUUGCGUUUACCGAAUAAAUUUUCAUGCCCACUUACUAAUAUGGAAGUAAGGGAUCCCAAUCAAACAGGCAGGCAUUUGCUCUCAUUAUUGGAACUGCAUUAAACCAACCAACGCUCAUCUCUAAUUGGCUGCUGUGUGUAAAACUAAGGCUAAUUACAUAACUGUUGUAGGUAGUGAUGGUCGAAUUUAUUCGCCAGGCAUGGAUUUGCGGGAAAUUUCCGCAUUUCGCCAUCUGCAAAUAGUUUGCGAAACUGCUAUGAAAAUUUGCUGGCUAAAAAAGUCGAUCAUAUGAAAAUUGUCGUGCGUCAAAAUUAUUUUGACGCCCAUUUACUUUACUGCAUUUGGACAAAAAAGUCGCACAUGUAAAAAUUUGUUGUUUUGCGAAUUUUUUGCCGAUGAUACGCCCGUCACUAUUUAUAGGUUAUGAAAUGAGUACCAGUGACUGCUAUGGAUAGAGGCGCCAUGCUGGAAGCUGCAUUUAUCAUACUAUUGCACCCUUAUUUUUAUUUCUUGUGGUGCUAAUACACAUAUUAUUGUUUCAAGUAUUUGGAAAAAAAUAUAAGCACAAUAGUCAUAUCUAAUAGAUUCCAGUGGAUUCUAAUGGAUACAGUGGCGACCAAUCAGUACAGUGAAUGUCCAACUAUAGCCCACCCAUUUUAUUAAUUACAGUUUCCAACUUGCUGAAUUAACAGCUGCUAACAGUAACAGCUGAAGGACAAAGGUUUUGCUACUGUUUCUUAUAAUAGAUAAAUGUGUCAUAAUUCCCAAGGAUUUCUGUUACCAGCCAGUAUGUUUAUUUAUAUCAGUGGUGCUACAAUGAGCUAAUAUGAUGCUGUCAAUGGCCCGCAGUGUUGUAUACUGAUAUGAAUAAUUUUGUUGUUACAUCUUUAGAUUCUGCCAGAAUUAUAUGUAUGUGUAUUGUAUAAGGAUGUCAGUUUAAUUAUACAUAUCCAUUGUGCAGCCUGUUUCCCAGUUUAGCAACACACAGCUUCUAAUUCAAUCCUAGGUGCCCCAUGAUUUAGUCCAAACGAUACCUACCACAUAAGCCAGUGGUUUUAAAUAAAUAUUUAUUACAACCGUUAA